CCCCUUGAAAUGAAAUGCACACUGAGUGUUAAAAAAUGGCAUCAAGCAAGCGGCAGUCUUAUCCUUAAACCCCAAAAGCUCUAAAACCCCCCACUGCUCUCUCUCCCUCAUCAAUGGCGUCCGCUUCCUUCACUCUCCUCACAACCCCAUUCCUCCUCUCUCCAAAAGACCGCUAUCUCUCCCCUCUCCUCCUCAAACCCCCCAAAACCCUAAACCGUAACAAGCUGAAAUCCGAUUGCAGGUGCAAUUUCUCUGCCCAAAAUCAGCCCCCAAAACAAAAGCAGAAGCAAAAGCCGCCGCCGCAGCAGAAGCGAAGGAAUCCAGAGGGCGAUGUUGACCCCGUUGGAUUCCUCUCUAAGUAUGGGAUCAACGAUAGGGCCUUUGCUCAGUUCCUGCGUGAACGGCAUAAAGCAUACAAGGAUAGGAAGCUUGAGAUUUUUUCGCGCUUUAUUGAUCUUCAGGGAGCUGCAGAAGGGUAUGAGAUAAUGGGGUUGCAUAGGCACAGACAACAUCGGGUCGACUACAUGGAAUGGGGUCCAGGUGCUCGAUAUUGCUCUCUAGUUGGUGAUUUCAAUGGGUGGUCACCAACAGAAAAUAGUGCAAGAGAGGGAUAUUUUGGUUAUGAUGACUUCGGCUAUUGGUUUAUCAUUCUUCAGGAUAAACUCAGAGAUGGUCAAGAAGCAGAUAAGCACUACUUUCAGGAGUACAAUUAUGUGGAUGACUAUGAUAAAGGUGACAGUGGUGUAGAUGCUGAAGAAUUAUUUAAACAAAUAGAUAAGGAAUAUUGGGAACCAGGAGAGAAAUGGGUUCGUAAGUCUCGUUUAGAAUUAGUUGCUAAGUUAUAUGAGCAAAUGUUUGGUCCCAAUGGUCCCCAGACAGAAGAAGAACUUGGCGAAAUACCUGAUGCUGAAACAAGGUACAAAGAAUGGAAAGAAACACAAAAGAAUGAUUCUGAGAAUGACCAAUCUCGUUUUGCCGUCAUUGAUGAUGGGAAGGAACAUGAUAUUUUUGAUGUUAUAGAUGAUCCUAUUUCUAAGGAGAAAUUUCGAGCAAAGAAGCCUCCAAUUCCUUACUGGAUUGAAAUGCGAAAAGGUAGAAAGGCAUGGUUGAAGAAAUAUAUGCCAGCUAUUUCUCAUGGAAGUAAAUACAGGGUUUACUUCAACACUCCCGAUGGUGCUUUAGAACGAGUUCCAGCUUGGGCAACAUAUGUGCUUCCAGAUGCAGAUAGGGAACAAUCCUGUGCAGUGCACUGGGAACCACCUCCUGAGGAUGUUUAUAAGUGGAGAAACAAGAAACCAAAAGUCUCUAAAUCACUUCGCAUAUAUGAAUGUCAUAUAGGAAUAAGCGGAUCUGAGCAAAAAAUAUCUUCUUUCAAUGACUUUGCUUCAAAUGUGCUUCCCCAUAUAAAAAAUGCAGGAUACAAUGCCAUUCAAAUUUUUGGGCUUGUUGAGCAUAGAGAUUAUUCUUCUGUUGGUUAUAAAGUCACUAAUUUUUUUGCUGUUAGCAGUAGAUAUGGCACUCCUGAAGACUUCAAGCAUUUGGUUGAUGAAGCACAUGGGAUGGGCCUUCUGGUUUUUUUAGACAUUGUUCAUUCCUAUGCGGCAGCUGAUGAGUUAGUAGGAUUAUCUCUUUUUGAUGGAUCAAAUGACUGCUACUUCCACUCUGGUAAACGCGGUAAUCAUAAAUAUUGGGGCACCAGAAUGUUCAAAUAUGGGGAUCCUGAUGUGCUGCAGUUCCUUUUGUCAAAUUUAAAGUGGUGGGUUCAUGAAUAUCAGAUUGAUGGUUUCCAAUUUCACUCACUCUCAUCAAUGAUGUACACGCAUAAUGGCUAUGCUGCUUUUACCGGUUCAAUGGAGGAGUACUACAAUCAAUAUGUUGAUAGAGAUGCUUUGAUAUAUCUAAUUUUAGCUAAUGAGAUGCUCCAUGAGCUUCAUCCAGAUAUUAUAACAAUUGCAGAAGAUAUGACAGUUUAUCCUGGAUUAUGUGAGUUAACCACUCAAGGGGGAUUGGGAUUUGAUUACUGGGUCAAUGCUUCUGUGUCACAGAUGUGGUUGUGGCUUCUUCAAAGUGUUCCUGAACUGGAUUGGAGCAUGAAUAAGAUUGUGAGUGUACUCACUAGCAACCACCAAAGAAAUGAUAGGAUGCUAGUAUAUGUUGAGAAUCAUAAUCAGUCCAUAUCUGGAGCAAUGUCAUUUGCUGAGGUUGUGAUUGGUAAACUCAGAGAGCAACGCCUUGAGUCAGCAGAUGUAGCCUUUAGAGGUUCUUCAAUACUUAAGAUGAUCAAACUAAUUACUUUCUCCUUAUGCGGGCGUGCAUACCUCAAUUUUGUGGGCAAUGAAUUUGGACAUCCCAAUAAAGUAGAAUUCCCCAUGCCAAGCAACAACAACUCUUUUGCCUAUGCCAACCGCCGGUGGGAUUUAUUGAUGGGUAAAGGGUUGCACAGCAAUCUUUUCAACUUUGACAAGGAUAUGAUGAAGUUGGAUGAGGAUGAACAAAUACUUUCAAAGGGCUCAGCAAAGGUUCACCAUGUAAAUGACUCUAAUAUGAUAAUAUCCUACCUUAGAGGUCCCCUUCUCUUCGUAUUUAACUUUCAUCCAGAGGCCUCUUUUGAGGGGUAUAUUAUUGGGGUAGAAGAAGCUGGAGAGUAUCAAGUAGUAUUGAACACAGAUGAAAUCAGCUAUGGUGGACAUGGAAUGCUCAAAAUUGAUCAGUGUCUCCACAGAACGAGUAACAAGAGGAGCGAUGGAUGCCGAAACUCCUUGGAAGUGACUUUACCUUGUAGAAGUGCUCAGGUGUAUAAACUGACUCGAAUCUUAAGAGUGUGAAGCAUGCUGCCUUGAUAAAAUCCAAAAGUUAGUGCGGAUUGGAAUUUGUAGAUGAUAGCGGCAUUGGGAUCGACCAAGAUGCAUUUGCAUCUAGAAGUUCCUGAUGAAGUGUUGGAAUAUUAACUUCUGCUAAAGAAUUUCUGGAGCAACGAUAAAGCAAGCUGUCCAGGCCAUUUGUGCCUCAGAUUUUACUCAUGGUACAAUUUUUUCUGAUAUGUGAUCGCUUGAGCUAAAGUCAUCCUCUUUCCAAUGAUGAUUUGUUCAGCAUCGUCAUUUUGCACCAUCAAUCAAGUUGCACCAUCAAUCAAGUUGGUGGAUAUGAGGGGCUCAGAAAUUUCAACUAGGUCCAGUUAUCCAUAGUAGUUUGCUAAUAUUAUGGAUAUAUUCUUUCUCCGACUCCUUUUAAGAUUAUCUGGAGAAAUGUUGUAGCAAAUACAAACGAUACUUGGAAUAUAAUGAGAUCAAUUGAUGAGCGUUGUAGACAUAAAUGAAAGCGCAUCCACAAUAGUAGCCGAUCUUGCAGUAUUAUGUGUUAUGUGAAAGCUGGGUGUAUUAAUGAUAUUGAGCAUGUCUCGCCAGAAAUGGUAAAAAUUACCUAUCCAAAUAUUCUUUAAGGCAUUGAUGAGCCCUAGUGCUGUUCCA